UGCCUGGGCCGACCUCUUGGAUCGACUGCUCCAGUCUGGCGCGUCCCCGGCGCGGGAAAAAUUUCAAUUCCGGCUAGCUGUUGCAGCGACCUCCUUACCCUUUACAACCCGGGCCUGCCUCCGCUUUCUCCUGCUUUUUAUAUCCCGGACUCCUAGCCUCACACGAGUGGAAGCGGAGAAGUUGAAGCCGCCGCCGCCGCCAUGUCCGAGGCUUAUUUCCGGGUGGAGUCGGGUGCACUCGGGCCUGAGGAGAACUUUCUGUCGCUGGACGACAUCCUGAUGUCCCACGAGAAGCUCCCGGUGCGCACAGAGACCCCCAUGCCUCGCCUCGGGGCUUUCUUCCUGGAGCGGAGCGGAGGUGCCGAGACUGACCACACGAUUCCUCAGGGCUCAAAGCUCGAACUCCCCCUGUGGCUGGCAAAGGGACUUUUUGACCACAAGCGGCGGAUCCUUUCUGUGGACCUUCCCAAGAUCUACCAGCAAGGUUGGAGGACCGUGUUCAGCGCCGAUGCCAACGUGGUGGACCUCCACAAACUGGGGCCGCAUUUCUAUGGGUUUGGAUCCCAACUCCUGCAUUUUGACAGUCCAGAGAAUGCAGACAUCUCCCAGUCUCUCCUGCAGACAUUCAUUGGACGUUUCCGCCGCAUUAUGGACUCCUCCCAGAACACUUACAAUGAAGACACUUCGGCAUUGGUAGCCAGGCUGGACGAGAUGGAGAGGGGCUUAUUUCAAACAGGGCAGAAAGGACUGAAUGACUUUCAGUGUUGGGAGAAGGGGCAGGCUUCUCAGAUCACAGCUUCCAACCUCGUUCAAACUAUAAGAGAGAAAUUCACGGAUAUGGAAGACUGAAGGUCAGAAGAACACAGAAUUGCUCCUUGUGGAGUUUUGCUCUGUGUGUCCUUGAUAGAGCCUCGUUGACCUUGUAAAGGGCCAUGUCAUGGCUUAUUUCCCACAACAGUUUGGGAGCGGUGCCAUCUGUUUGGGAAAGGACGUGUGCAGGAAGUCCCUGGCCUGUAUGGUUUAUAACUCUCCCACCCUGCUGACCCAUAGCCGGGGAAAACCAAAGCAAGUCUUUUGUAAAAUACAGUUACCACAUGCAUCAUAAUACAAUUGGAAAUGGGAUCCCUUGUAUCCGGGAGUGUGACACCCUCCGAUGUCCACUUUCGCUGCUCCAAAGGAUAGGUACAAAUGGGCCAUCUGCCCACAAAUGUUCUCUUGAACUUAACUGCUGCAUCUUCCUAUAUGGCUGCUCCAAGGACAGCACCUCCAGGAUGCUGGCCCUUACUUGUGAAUGUCUCCUGCGUCCUGCCUGCGAGGAUGUCACACCCCAAUUUACAGAAAACAGUGCCAAGAAUAAAGAAGGAAAAUGAUAAGACAGAUGAAUGGUAGGGCUUUUUACUAAAGAGAAAGCAUUGCUCUCCUCCUCUGCAGUCCGGGCUUUGGAUGGACUGGGCUUCACAAAACUCUGUGGUCAGCCUGGAGGGGAAUGGUUACCCUGAGCUUGUCUUUCACCUUGAGAUCUUAGAGCCCACCCGCCCCAGCAAUCCAUUCUCCUCCCUAGAAAAGCUGUCAUGGAGUCAUUUGCCGCUGCAUAGUAGUUAUUAAAGGGUGUUAACCAAGCCGUCUUAUUUUGAAAGCUGGGACUUAGGAUUGCGGUUAGGAAGAGCCCUGUUUUGAGAAGCUGAACAUGGCAAAUGUAAAUGGCAGGAGACCUUGACUAUGUUCUUCCUCUUUGGUCAAUUUUGUGGCAUUAUGACCUAGAGGAUUCCUGACCGUUUACUGAGAAUGUGUUUAAGCAUGUUUAAGCAAGCUCAAAAUUCUUCCUGGAGAUCAAGGCAGAAACCUCGGGCUGAGUAAGAAACAUCGUUCCCUGGGGGACACCAUCUGACGGGCAGUUGUCUCCACACCAGCUUCCCAUAACGACUGAGAAUGGUCUUUGUCAUUAGAAAUCAUAGAGGGGUUUGGGGUAUUCAGAUUGUGCAGAUGUAUCGAUGCAAACUUGGAAUGCCAGAACAGCUUUUGAAAUGCAAUGUUUUAAGAUGGAACCGAUGUUUUUAUAAUUUGAUUUUGGUGCUAAAUAAAUGACCCACUUGCAACAUGAA